AGAGUAACAAAUUAUGAGAAACUGCGCGCAAAUGACGAACAAAAUCAGAUGAAAUUAAGCGAACAGUUGACAGACGUUGAGCGCCAAAGAAUCACUUCCGAGAGGGACGCCAAGACUGAGAAGGAAUGGCGAACCACUCUUCAGAAACUAAUCGAUGAACAACAGGAACACAUCACACAAUUGCAGCAACAGUUGGAAAACACGAGACAGACAUCUAAUGCAUCGCUGAAAAUACAAAACGAGAAUCAAAUUCUGAAAAAGAAAUGUUCCGAUUAUGAGCUCUCUUUAGAAGAAGUGGGAAAACAACUCCAAGACUCUAAACUAGAAGUCGAUGGCCUUAAAGAGAACACCGGAAGACUAAAAGAGGCCGUUUGGACGAGUGAUAAGGACGCUGUCGAAUGCCAUCAGUGCUCCAAACCAUUCUCUGUCGCCCGAAGAAAGCAUCACUGUCGCUGUUGUGGUGAAAUAUUUUGCAGCAACUGUUCCAACAAUGAGAUGCCUCUUCCGUCCAACAAGAAGCCGGUCAGAGUGUGUGACUCGUGUCAGGCAUACCUUCUCGAACGAUAUUCGGCCACUUAAACACACAUUUUAUUUAUUUUUUAUUACAUUAAAUAUAUUUCGC